AUGUCGUUGUAUAUAUCACCGCCGUUCUAUGGGUUAGCAUCAGUAGAUUCGAAAUCGCUUCAAUUCUUGGCGGCAGCUCGAUUUUGUGCGACCGAGUUGAAGGUUGUGCAUUGUCGGAAGAAUUCGGACUCUCCAACUGGUGUGAUACCUUCGUUUGUUGAUGGAAGUGAACAGAUUACCGACUUUGUGGAGUUUGUUGAGCAUUUGAGGAGACAACAUUCCGAUAUUCAACUGGACUCCGAACUCAGCGACAAGGAUAAGGUCCUGCUGGAAGGGUUUGACGCAUUGAUUAAAGUUGGGCUGCUACCAGCGCUAGAGCAACUCUUUUGGAUAGAUGACUUUAACUUCUCCUCGUUGGCGUCGAGAAUGAUCGCAAAGACCACGGCUUGGCCUUAUUAUUUCUUUUAUCUGAACACGAAGCGAGCUGAAGCCAGAAAGAUUGUCGAAAGAACUGGGAAGAAGCCCGAGCAAUUAGAAUUGGACGCAAUAAAAGUAAGUCUAUCAAUUUCUGAUUGUUUUAUUUCUUUAGACAUUGAAUCUUCUGUCAGCGAAGCUCGGAAACUCGAAAUACUUCAAUGGAACAAGACCUUCUAGUCUGGACGCGCUGAUAUUUGGUUAUCUGGCUCCGUUGUUCAAACUUCCCAUGGCCAAUGAUCGGGUUCAAUUACAGCUGAAAGCCCUCCCAAAUCUUGCCGUUUUUCUGGAGUCGAUUAGUUCCAUUUACUGUCCGGUGGCCGAUGAGGGCCUCGGUGCCGUCAAGGAAUACAAGAAUUUAGUCAUCGAAGUUGAGAAAGCGAAGAAAAGAGUGGAAAAAGAGGUACGUAGUUCAGUUGAGAUUUAUGUUGUUUUAGAAAAUGGAAAAGAGAAUGAGGGAACGCGAGAAAGAGCAGCAGGAAUCUAGCAACAGCACCAACAUUGCCGUGUUUAUCGCCUUUUCCUUGACAGCAACAGUCUUAUUUGGCCUUCACACAGGAAUCAUUCAAAUACCGAAAGUUAUACAAGACGAUGAUGAUGAAUAG